AUGCCCACCCACCAAUUCUCUACUUACGCCUCUCAGCGCGUCUCCCAGCCGAGUAACCGACCUUGCCAAGAGAAAGAAUUCUCUCGCUCAAAUCUGAGAAUGGAUGCUAUCAGUACCUGCCCCGGAUUCGAGAGGGUGGAAAAUUUCCCACAAUGGAGGUGGCAGUCGAGCUUCGGGGCCCGAAUGACUGGGAGGAUUGGUAUCCGCACGUCCGAUCGGUUGCGAGGCAAGAGCACGUCCUGGCAGUGUGAAGACCCCGAUAAUCCGACGGAACCGAAGCGACCAGAGCUUGCGCGACCCGUCGAGGAGACCAUUUUUAUGGGAGCGACGACGGAAAAACCAUCACCGGCUACUGCUGCUGCAAGCCCGGUCUCAGCAUUCGAGGAGGGAUCAUCGGGCCUGAAGCAGCGAGAUAGUCAUCUGCCGGUGCCGACGAACGGCAGCAGCAGCAAGACCACCACCGUGAAGAAGAGGGGACGCAGAUACGACGAGCCACAGUCCGCCGCCCUCGAGGGCUACGAGUCCCUCGACCUCUACGUCGAGGCUGUUCGAGGUGAAGUGCCCCAUGUGGGCUCUGUGGUGGAGGCGCCGGAUGAGGGAGAGCCUGCGUAG